CACUAUUAAUUCUUAUGUGCCAGUUGACAGUGAAGGUAUGUUGUCACAUAAUUCUCUAGAUAUUCGGUCCGAUUCAGGUUUUCUUGAGGAAGACAGUAAUUUGGAAGACCAUCCUGCUAACUCGCCAAAAAUAAAGAAGAUCUGCACCGUAGAUGAUAUAGCGAGUUUAAUGAGGAAUACACAUUUGCAGCAAUGUGAUAAUGACAUUCGCUUCUCGCCUUGUUCUCCCAGAAGCACCUGUUCUCUUGUAUCAUCAGCAUCUGAUGCACAAUCAGAAGAACGGAAGUCAAUUCUUAAAAGUGUCUCUUCAUACAAACGAAAAAAAUGGACGGAAUCAAAUCAUAUAGAUUUAAACGGAAAUUCUCAUUUAUGUGUUGAGAGUCAAAACAAUAAUGUCAAAAACAAAAGUCAUCAACCCAGAGCUGUGUAUGGGAAAUUACAGAGAUGCCAGUCUUCCCCAAUAAAAAGAACAGUUAAUAUCAAAUUUCCUGAUGAAGCACAGACAUCAUGCAGCGAUUCCUAUCAGAAGAAAAUGAAGAUUAUAAGUAACCUUAACUCUUAUUAUGACUCACGACUAGAACGGUCCAAGUCAUUUCUACAUGGACAGAGCAAAGUAUUUGCCAAAGCCAGUCAGUAUUUAACACCGGCAAAACCGGGACUUCGAAAGCUUCAAGUAUGUUAUUCAAAAACAAACAUGGAAUUAAACAAAGGCAAAAUUUUUGGAGAUUUAGUGAAAACAGCGCAUAAACAGAAUAUGGUGAUCUGUGAUUCUGUUGACAGCAUAGAAAGACGACUUUACAGGAAACGUACUGAUCCAACAAAGAAAACUACAUACUUUGCAAAUAUGAAUAAACCGGAUCCGUUCAGAGUGAAAUCAAAGAAAGCACAAACUGUCGCAGAAAAGGAAAAAGAACGAAAAGACAGAAUAUUAGAAACAACAGAGGAGAUUAGACUUGGAUUUAAAAGAACAGCAAAAACUGUGAAACUUUUAACACCAGACGAAGUUGAAAAAUUAAAACGAUGCAGAUAUUUACGACUUGAUCCAGCAAUUCAGCUACAAUUGGAGGAAAACGAUCUUUGUUAACGUGUUUGUUUACUUAUUUGUUUACAAGUUUUGAUAAAUAUAUGUGUUUUAAGUGUUGGAUAAAUGAUUCGAGUUGUUAAUUUUCCCUUAAAGGUCUUUUAUAUUACUGACGAAAGUAAAAAAUCAUUCGAUUAAGAUUUAUUUAUUGAUGUAAUGUUAUAUUAAUGUAUAGCAGGAGUUGCAUACUAUUUCAAAAUAUCAAAUCCGUUUUGAUUUUGAAGAAUUGCCACGAAACGAUUAAAACUAACAAAAAAAAAGGUGUUAUACUGUACUCAAUGCAUGAAAACCAUUAAACGUGCUAAAUAGACGAUCAUCUCAUUAAGAAUGAACCAUUAUAUGGAAUGGACUCAGCUAGUGCUACAAAUGAGGAGCAAGACGAGAACUGACACUAAACCUCAGCUGAUAUAUCUGAUAUGUCUGAAGAAAUUCUAAAAAAGAGAUCUUGAUAAAUAUUUGGUACAGCAGUUGUUUUAUAUACAUUGAUUAAUCUUCAUUCACGAGGUCAGUUUUGUUAGAUCUUUAAGAAAAGAGUUGAACGUAACGCGUGAAUUAAAUUCUUCAAUAUAUAUGUAUUCCCUUUACCAAAAUGUUUACAUUGCAAGCAUAAAUCUAAAUGAUUUGGGUGAAAAUUUGAUUAUUUUAAAAUUCGAUCACCGAAAAAAGAAUUAUGUAGUUGUAAAUCAGAGACUAAGUAUAUUGGUAACUAAUUUUUCAGGGAACCAAGUUAAGGCAUUUUUUUUUAAAUUUAUUUAGAAACUAAGUUGAAUCGUAUCUCUUUAGAAACUGAGUUGAAUGGUAUCUCUAAUUGACAUUUUUGCAAUAAAAAUAUGUAUUAUUGUUCAAACGGGGUUUUAAUUUGUCAUAAAGUAGAGUAGUAUACAAGU